CAAGUCUGGAUAGAGAGAGAGACAUCAUGGAGCUUUGGACUCUGAUGCAGCUGCUGCUGCUGGGGACACUGUUGGGUGCAGCUCAGGGACAAGGGGAUGAGCUCAGCUCUGAAGAAGAACGAAAAGCUCUGAUGCUCAAGCAUCUGCAAGAAGUCCUGGAGUUGUCUGAAAUGACUGACCAAGAGGAUGCACAGGAGGUGAUGUUGACGGAAGUGAAGGAGCCAGAUGGCAAGGAGAACCUGGACAAAGAGAUUGAGCAGGAAGAACUUGAGGAAGAGGUUCUCCAGCCCACCCAGCCAUGGUUGCCAACUACAGCAGCCCCAUCUCAGGAAGAGGAGGAUAGCUUCACUUAUGUGUUCUCACGACUGAACAGCCUUGAUGCAGCCGUCCACCGUCUCAAUGUGCAGUUCUAUCACAUGGAUGUGCGAGUGUCACAGUUCUCCCAAGGCUUGGCUGAAUUGAAGGGGGGCCUGGCUGAGGCUCGCGAGUCACUUGCCUCCCUGAAUGAAGUUGCCACACGCAACCAGAAAGAACUUGGACGCAUUGAUGGUUGCUUGCGGGGCCGACGCACUCAGAGCAAGUGCUUCCUGAUCUUCAAGCACUUUGAGGUCUAUGAUGGAGCCCAAAAACUCUGUGAAGCCAGAGGAGGGCAUUUGGCCAUGCCAGCGGAUGAUACCGAGCUGGCUGUCCUGCGCCGCUAUCUUUAUGAUGCCUUUCAACCCUACAACUGGCCGGCCUGGGUGGGCAUCCAUGACCGGCGUUCCGAAGGGUUGUGGCUUUUUGAGAAUGGCCAGCGCGUCUCUGUCUUUGACUGGUACCGAGACCACCUGGUGACUCAACCCAACGGUGGUACCCGUGAGAACUGCGUCUCCCUCAGCUCGGAUGAUGGGAAAUGGUGGGACAAUGACUGUGAGAGGCGCAUGUAUUACAUCUGCGAGUAUCGCCUCUAG